GGUUCAGGCGCUUCCUCCGCACAGGCGUGCGCAGGUCUUGCUCCAGGACAUGGCGGGUCUCACAGUGCGCCUUCUCGAGCUAGCGGGCAACAAAUCGUGGCAAGGUAGCCAUCUCAAGAGCGUGGAGCAGGCAUCGUGGAGGCGGUGGCGGCCAAGGACGAGGUCCUGGAGCUCACGCUGGAGGUAUUCAGGCGGCCAUCCAAGGAGAGGAAAACAAUGGACGCCGAGGUGGACGAGCGCGUUUCCUACGCUCAAAGGAUCAGCUACACCCGAUUAUCUUCUCGGUCAGCCCCCUCAGGAGCAGCAACGCAGCCCUACCACUACAGCGACAUGGAUCUGGGCGUCUUGAAAGCUCCGGAAACCGCACCGCCACCAGCGCCAUUCCUGCCGUCGCCAACAGUGAAAAAAUCACCACCAAGAGAAGCAGCAGCAGGAAAGCUCACGCCCUCUCCACUCCGGUUACACUUCCCGGACUGCCUCCCGGAUGGAAGCGCGGAGAUCCGGUUCCACUGCCGGAAGUGGCACCGCCAGCUCUAAUUCCAACAGCACGCGCUCCAGGAGUAAUCCAGGUGCCGUUCGUGCAGCUGGAUCUAAACCCGGAGCUCGAGGACGACUACGCCUUGGACUCGGAGCAAAGCUCCGAGGAAGAGUGAGGAACCAAUCUCAUGUCCUACCAGGAAGGAGAACUCGAUAUUGCAAGUUAAAAUCGAAACUUUGGGGGGAACAAAUACUCGAUUCAAAUCCGGGGAAGCACGGACUUCACGAACGCGAAGAAAAAGCUCUCGGUUCUGCCAGAAGAGAAGAUCUACCGGAAGGGGAACUGCUGCCUCAGCGGUCUCAGUCGUUCUAAAACAUCCGACAUGAUUCAAGCACAUCGUCGCGAUCCUGCCGAGCUCCCGCGGCACCUUGACGUGAUCCGGCAGUAGCCGGGGAUCCACGACGGGGAGGACAUGGUUCGUCCUCCCAGCGCGACCAACCAGAAGACGUCCAUGGCGGAGAUGGUGGCGGCGCGAUCGUCCAGGGGGAGACCCUCCUCGUGCUGCAAAUACCGGGCGUCCUCCACCGUGGCGACCCGGUGGCGCUGCGCAUCCACCUCGCCUUCACUGCCGCCAAGUGCGUCAAGACGCUCCACUACGGCCACGAGAUCGUCCCCCGCUCCACAAACUUUUGUGUCGAGCGCGACUGGAUCGUCACCACUUCCCCGGUCGAACGGGUCUCUGGCAGUACAUCGUCUCUUUUUUUAUCACGACUGGUGGAUGUCUUCAGCUUGGAUUUGCCACACAGUUUCAAAGCUUCCACCCGAGAUCGUCCAGUUCCACAGAGCCACCGGAUUUAGAUUUUGUAGUGCCUUAUGUGGAGUCAGCGCUUCCGCUCGCAUAUGGAGCUGUUUCAUGAAAUUGGACAUAGAUCACUUUAGGUGUGUAAGUGACUCUAUCACGCAAGUUAACUGAAAAAUCCAGUGCUUGGAGAAGUAACCUUUUCUUUU